AUGAAAACUUUGCUACAUUUCUUCCUCUUCUUGAUCACACUCUGGGUCAGUAUCAUCAUCCCAGCAGUUCACAGCCAGUGCAUUAAAGACCAGCAACUAUCACUGCUCCAAUUCAAGAAAAGCCUUGUGUUCCAUGAUAUUUCCAUAUAUUCACUUACCAGGCUUAUUUCUUGGAAUGCAAGUACUGAUUGUUGUUCUUGGGUGGGCGUCACUUGCAGCCGUAGUGGGCGUGUUGUAGGUCUUGACAUAAGCAGCAAACAGAUCUAUGGUGGAAUUGACAAUUCCAGCAGUCUCUUCCAUCUUCAUUAUCUUCAAAGCCUCAAUCUGGCGGACAACCGACUUGGCAGUUACUCUCAAUCAAUUCCAUCCGCAAUCGGAAAUCUCCUGAACUUGAGGUAUCUGAAUUUAUCUCUUAAUGAUUAUUCAGGGCAAAUUCCCAUCGAGAUUUCUCGCUUGAGGAGGUUGGUAGUUCUUGAUUUUUCUAACAAUGGUCCAGUCUCACAACUUGGAAGUCCAAAUUUACACAUGUUGGUUCACAACCUCACAGAGCUUAGACAGUUAUAUCUUGAUGGUAUCCCAAUAUCAGAACAGGGGAGUGAGUGGUGCCAAGCCAUAUCAUCUUCCCUUCCCAACCUCAAGGUUUUGAGCUUGUCCUCUUGUAAUCUUUCAGGCCCUCUUCUCGAGUCCCUUGCUAAGCUUCAGUCUCUAUCCGUGAUUAGGUUGGACUGGAACAAUAUCUCUGCGCCAGUUCCAGGAUUCUUUGCCAACUUUUCAAACUUGACUGUCCUGAGUCUCACAAGUUGCUCAUUGCAUGGAACAUUUCCCAAAGAGAUCUUUCAGUUACCUUCUCUACAAAGUAUUGACCUUUCAGAUAAUGACCGACUUGAUGGUUCCUUGCCAGAGUUCCCGAGGAAUGGAUCUCUUCAGCACCUGCAUCUAAGGUGGACAAAAUUUUCAGGGUUAUUACCAAAUUCUAUUGGCAAUCUCAAAAUGCUGUCCACCAUAUAUAUUCGAGAUUGCUAUUUCACCGGACCGAUGCCCAAGUCAAUGACAAACCUUACACGGUUGGUUUCUUUGUCGAUGUCUGGUAACAAGUUGGAAGGUUCAAUUCCGUCAUUCAGUGGGGCCAAUAAUGUGGGCUACAUAGACCUUUCCUACAAUGGUCUAACAGGUACUAUUAAUUCCACGCACUGGGGAAACCUUACUAAGCUAUCCUCUCUCGAUUUGAGUUCCAAUAAGCUCGAUGGGAAUAUCCCAGCAUCUCUGUUUUCUCUUCCCCUUUUGGAUUACCUACAUCUUUCCAGCAAUCAAUUCUCUGGUCCAUUCCCUGAAAUUUCAAAUGUGUCUUCCUACCUGCUGAAUGGUCCUGAUCUUAAACUUGAUUUGAGAAAUCAAUCUAACUUAUAUAGUUUGGACCUCUCAGAUAACCAGAUAAAUGGCAAGAUACCCGACUGGAUUUGGAGUUUAAGUAAUCUCGAGUUCCUAAAUCUUUCUUGCAACUCCCUAGAUUCUCUAGAAGUUCAUUCAAUUAAUCUCACUAAUCUAGAUUACCUUGACCUUCAUUCCAACCAGUUUCAUGGGCAAAUCCCAAUUCUUUCAUCACCUUUCAGACUCUAUUACCUAGAUUUCUCCAGGAAUUAUUUCAGCUCUAUUGGAGAUGUGUUUCUCAACGCAAGCUUUUUCUCACUUUCGAGCAAUAACCUCAAUGGGAUCAUUCCAGAAUCAUUAUGCAAUUCACAUUUUCUUGAGGUUCUUGAUCUGUCCAAUAAUUCUUUGAGUGGCACGGUUCCCCAAUGCUUAACUGCAAUGAGGAGGCUUGAAGUACUCAACUUAAGGAGAAACAGUCUUACAAAUGUUGAUGACUUCUCUCAUAAUUGUGGGUUAAAAACUCUUGACAUCAGUGAAAAUCACCUUCAAGGCCGGUUUCUAAAAUCUCUUGUCAGCUGCACCCAGUUAGAGGUUUUGAACCUUGGAAACAAUUUGAUAACAGAACCAUUUCCAUGCUUUUUGAGGAACACAUCCACCUUGCGUGUCCUUGUCUUGCGAUCCAAUAAAUUUUAUGGGCGCAUUGGAUGUCGCAACAUUAAUGGCACUUGGCCAGUACUUCAAAUCAUAGACUUAGCUCACAACAAUUUUAGUGGUGAAGUACCUGGAACAGCUUUGACAACUUGGCAGGCGAUGAAGACUAGCAAAAAUGAUGCCCCAUUGAAGACCAGUCUCCUUCAAUAUGAGUUGUGGGGAGUUCAAUAUCAAGAAGAUACAAUCACAGUGACUAACAAAGGUUUAGCGGUGGAGCUGGUGAUUGUUUUAACCAUCUUCACCUCCAUUGACUUCUCAUGCAACAAGUUCAACGGAUCAAUACCCGAGGAAAUUGGAGAACUCCAAUCACUGUAUGCCCUCAACUUGUCCAACAAUGCUUUCACAGGUGCAGUUCCAUCAUCACUAAGCAACUUGAGUCAGCUAGAGUCCUUGGACCUCUCGAAAAACAAACUGCGCGGUCAAAUCCCACCGGAGCUUACAAAACUCACUUUCCUUGCAUUCUUGAAUCUCUCAUAUAAUCAGUUGGUCGGGAGGAUACCAAGCGGUGCUCAAUUUUCAACAUUUGAUGCAGCUUCCUUCCAAGGUAACAAAGGAUUAUGGGGGCCUCCUUUAACAGCAGACAAGAACCCAGGGUUCUCACCACCAAAGCUGGAAGGAAACCAUUCAAAUCCUGGACAUGAGAUUGAUUGGGAUAUUAUCGGUCCUGAAAUUGGGUUUACAUGUGGGUUUGGGAUUGCCAUCGGGUCACUUUUGUUUUGCAAGAGAUGGAGGAAAUGGUAUUACAGAGCUAUGUAUGACAUGCUUCUAAAGAUAUUCCCUCAGCUAGAACAAAGACUUGAUCAUCACAGGAGGCAUGUUUAUGUACAUCAAAGAUACUAG